AUCAACCACUACAUAAAAGUAGCAAUGCACCCAGCUAGGUUUCAAGAAUAAUAAUCUCAUGUACACCAAGAUAAUAAUUAAUUAACCAAGCAUGCACUUUUACAGAGAUAUCUCUAAACAUUGAAACCAUUAUUAUUUAUAUGCUAUAUCCUCGUGCGUAACGCUCACUCCACACACACAAACACAAGCAAUAGUGGAGUAAAAUGAACAACCGAUUCUUGUUCUUGAGCCUUGUGGUUGCUCUCUGUCACUAUGUUUCUGUUGCUGAAGAAUCUGGAAACAGUAGUUCCUCUUUGACGCUUAGAGCUGUGAACCUCGGAAAUUGGCUCCUUAUUGAAGGAUGGAUGAAACCUUCUCUCUUUGAUGGGAUUCCCAAUAAAGAUCUUUUAGAUGGAACUCAAGUGCAGUUCAUGUCAACCAAGCUGCAGACGUAUCUCAGUGCAGAACAUGGAGGAGGAAGCAUUGUAGUUGCCAACCGUACCACCGCCAGGGGGUGGGAGACUUUCAGGCUGUGGAGAGUGAAUGAAACAUUCUUCAACUUUAGAGUGGCGAACAAGCAAUUUAUGGGAUUGGAGAGUGAAGGUGAAGGAGGAAACAAUGUAGUGGCGAAUUCGGAUUCAGCAAGCAGCAGCAUGGAAACAUUUCAGAUUGUGAGGAAUGAUGGUGACCCAAACAGGGUUCGCAUUAGAGCACCAAAUGGCCUCUUUUUACAGGCUAUAUCGGAGACAAAGGUAAGUGCAGAUUAUGAAGGGUCAAGUUGGGAGGAUAGUGAUCCGUCUGUGUUCAAAAUGAUAAUUUUGACAGAGAGCACGAUAAGAGGGGAAUACCAAAUUACAAAUGGCUAUGGUCCUGAGAAAGCUCCUCAAAUCAUGAGGGAUCACUGGAAUACGUAUAUCACAGAAGAUGAUUUCAAGUUCAUGUCAGAGAAUGGGGUAAAUGCUGUGAGAGUUCCCGUUGGGUGGUGGAUAGCUCAAGAUCCAACACCACCAAAGCCAUUUGUAGGGGGGUCAUCCAAGAUAUUAGACAAGGCCUUCACAUGGGCACAAAAGUAUGGGAUGAAGAUAAUUGUGGAUCUGCAUGCAUGUCCAGGUUCACAAAAUGGUAACCCCCAUAGUGCCACCAGAGAUGGAUACCAGGAAUGGGGAGAUUCAUACAUACCUCUCACUCUGGCUACCAUAGACUUCCUAGCUCAAAGGUAUGGAGAUAGACCAAAUCUAGCAGCAAUAGAGUUGAUGAAUGAGCCUCGAAGGAUGGAUCUCGGAACCUUAAAGAAGUAUUACCAAGCAGGCUAUGAUGUCGUACGGAAACACACUUCCACUGCUUAUGUCAUCAUGUCUAACCCUCUUGAUAGAGAUUCAAAAUCUCUUCUUUCCUUUGCCGGAGGUUUCAAUAGAGUAGUCAUUGAUGUGCACUAUUACAACCUGUUUGAUCCCAAAUUCAACAGCAUGAAUGUCAAACAGAAUAUAGAUUAUAUUAGAAAUCAAAGAGCCUCUGAUCUUAGCUCUCUCACUGCAUCCAAUGGACCCCUCAUCUUUGUUGGGGAGUGGAGUGGGGAUUGGAGCGUGCAUGAUGCCUCAAAGGAAGAUCACCGACAGUUUCUAAAGGCCCAAGUGGAUGUAUAUUCUCGUGCCACAUUUGGAUGGGCUUAUUGGUCCUACAAAUGUGACUCUAACAAUUGGAGCCUCAAGUGGAUGAUUGACAACAACUAUGUCAGCUUCUAGAUUCUCUCAUUCACCAUCUCCUCACCUCAAUUCCACUUUUAAGUGUAAAUUACACAAAGCAACAUAUUCUCACUAUAUAAAGUUUAUAAUUACAUACAGAAAUAAGAUUAUAAAUGUACCAAAUGUUUUAAAAUUACAUGCAUGGGACUUGAGAUAUACAAUACAACUGAAAACAAUUUCUCUGGGCAA